AUGGCUCCUGCAAGCAGCAACGGGGGGCCCCCCAAAGAAGGUCAAGCAACAAAGCAAAGCCCCUGCAUCCCCUUCAAUUUAAAUGUGCCUCCUGUAGAGUGUUGUAUUUGCUACGGCUCCAGCUUCUUCCCUCAGCUUCAACGGACGGGGGCCCCUCAGGGGCCCCCUUCUCCAGGGCCCCCCGUGCGGCCAGAUGGGGGCCCCUCACAGCAGCAGCAGCAGCCAGGGGGCCCCAUAGGGGCCCCCUCAAGGCAAGGAGGGGACACCAGCUCCUCCAGGGGAGGGUCUCCUAUGGGAGAUCUGCUGCUGCUCGUGCCGCAGCAGCAGCUGCUGCAGUGGCAUAGGGACAACUUAAAAGCAAACCUUCAUCACUAUUCUUCUGUCUUUGAGUUUGCUUCGCUUCUGGGGGGUCUCCAAACAGCAGCAGAAGCCGCUUUGUUGCUUACGAAGGCCUCCGGCGUACAUAUCCUCUUUAAUUGCAGGGUCCCCACGGGUCUUGACAGCCCCAAGAUGCAGCAGGCGCAUCCGCAGCAGCUGCCUAAUCUGCUGCUGCUGCUGCUGCUGCUGCACUUGCGUUUCUGUUUAGCUCUGCAACUGCGUCUGGCGCUGCUGCUGCUGCCUGAUGGAGUUAGCCUCGAGUGUCUCCUUAAGGAGAUAGUCUCCCUUUCUUAUAAAGGAGACUUCAGAGUCCCCUUUGCUGAGGACCCAAACAAAGUGCAAGCCAUUGUAGGUGACCAGACACCGCAACUAAUGAACACGCCAUCAGCAACUGUCCCCUUAAGAGACACCUCGAACACCCCCAAGAGACCGAUAAGAGACUCCACAGGGCCUAAUCAGGGCCCAACCAAUCAGGGCCCCUUCAAGGUCAAUGGACAGGGGCCCUCUUUGUGCUCUAUUUACCUCCCGCUCUUAUCGGAGAUCUCCUCCGUACACUUGGAGGUGGAAGGGGGGGGCCCCCUGGGUACUGGGGGGCCCCUUGGGGCUUUGGGGGGGCCCCCUCUGUUGCAAAGGCUCGUAAACCCCGCGCAUGUAGAGGGAGGGGGCCCCACAGAUAUAAGAGACAAAGCCUCGCCUAUAGAUGUUGAACUCCGCCGCAUUCGCAUCCGGCAAGACAGGUCACCUGCAGCUCUCGCGGCUCUGUAUGAUCCGCUUCCUCUGUCUGUCCGUCAGAGGGCAGAAGCUGUCUUUCACCGUCCGCUUAGGAGCUCCUCAGGUUUCUUCUGUGGGGUUUCGGGGGGGCCCCCAGUGGCCCUCAACAAAACAGGGGGCCCCCAUGUGAAGCCCCCGCCCCCAAGUGCCCUGCAGCGGGGCCUGCAGCAGUUGAUGUUCGGCCCCACACUUAAGUGCAGCCUCAAGAACGCCGUAUCCGCGGGCCUUGGAGCCUCGGUGCUGUACAGCCUCCACAAAUUGGGGAAGCGCCUGGGGCUGCGAUGA